AUGGCUAUAAGGAUCAACGCGUUCAUCGUUACCCUUGCAACCGUACAGAUUCUUCUCAUCGUUGCUUACUCUAUCUUGACCUUCCACGACGGCUAUGGCGAUCAACAGAAACUUGACACGGCGCGUCAAAAGCAAUUGGACUUGGAAGCUUCACUAAGGGAACCUACUCCAGCGCCUCAAGAAUAUCAAUAUGGACAGCCCGAUCUUUCUUUCAUGUUCGAUCUGAACAUGUACUCAUACAUGGGGAUGUGUCUUACAAUGACAUACUUGCGCAAAUACGCAUAUACUUCGCUGGGAAUGUCGUUCCUCAUGGGUUGCCUGGCUCAGGAAUGGUGCGGGUUGUUGCUGCAGUGGAUACCCCUCGCACAUUGCUCUUACCUCCAGCAAACAUUCAAGCAGGUUGGUUGUCCGUAUGGUGAUAAUCCAGACAUUUCUCAGUUCGAAAACAACCUGCGGGCACUGGCUUGCACGUGCAAUUCUUUCUCGGACAAGAUCGCUUUGGAGAUUUCAGACUUCAUCAAAGCGCAGUAUGGAGUCGUCGCAGUCCUCAUCUCAUAUGGCGCUCUCCUUGGAAAGGUGAAUCCCCUGCAAAUGAUGAUCAUCGUUAUCAUGAACUCUGCCGCCUACUGCGGCAACAAGUUCCUAUGCGUCGAUUACCGCGGCGGAGUCGAUGGAACUGGAAGUUUGUACACUACUCAUAUCUUCGGAGCUGCCUUCGGACUAGGAUGCUCUGUGCUUGUCUCAGGCCACAGGCCGCACGAGAAUCCUGAUAACGCGCCAAGGUAUCAGAGCAACAACUACGCUAUCCUAGGCUCUCUCUUCAUGUUUGUAACCUACCCGUCGUUCAACUGCUUCUGGGCCCCUGCUGAGCUGAGGAUGUACGUGGCUACCAACACGUUCAUGGCCCUCAUUGCCGGAUGUUUCUUCUCCUUCAUAUGGGCCAACUUCAUCUACCCCGAGGGCCCGUCGGUCAUGCAUCUUCAAGACGGAGUGCUGGCUGCGGGAGUUGCGGCGUCUACCCCCGCCUGCAUGUUCAUCCCUCCCCUUCUCAUGAUGAUCGUAGGAGCAGGAGGGACCCUGAUAGCCACCCUAUCGUUCCGCUUCAUCCAGCCGUUGAUCGAGGACCAGGACACGCAGGCAAAGACUCUGCCUGCUGCUUCCUAG